GGAUGCCCGAGGAACAGAUCAGAAAGUUCAAUGCAGUUUAAUGGUCUACAAUAAUUGUGCCUUGUUGUUUUCAACAGUCCUUGCUAUUUGAAGCACGAUGGAUACCAACUUGUCUUUCUCCUCUCGUCGGUCUCCUGUGUUGUGUUUACACGGCUGUGCAGCGUCCAGCCAGCCGAUAGCCUCCAGUUUAGGAAUUGACAUUCUGAAGCGUGGUGGUAAUGCAGCAGAUGCUGCGGUUGCCAUAGCAGCAGCACUGGCUGUAACAGAGCCAUGCAGCACCGGUCCUGGUGGAGACGCUUUUUGCUUGUUCUACAACGGAGGAACCGGAGAGAUCAGAGGAAUAAACGGCAGUGGUCGUUUGCCCAUGGCGCAAACCUUGGAUUUCCUGGAAGGACGUGGUUACAAUGCAGAGGCCCCUCCUUCACCUUCUGAUGCCUUGAAUGUCACAGUACCAGGGGCCCCUGCAUGCUGGUGCGAUACUGUGCAGCUAUUUGGAAGUCACAAGCUGUCCUUGCAGGAGGUGCUAAGCGGGGCAGCAGAGCUCGCAGAGGUGGGGUUUCCUGUUGCCGAGGUCACAGCUCACCAGUGGGCUAAAUGGGUGGCUGCUCUGAGAGAGGCUGGGAAGGAACUAGGUGGAGACCUGCUAAUUAAUGGUCAUGCUCCUAAAUGUGGUCAAGUAUUCAGAAACCCUAACCUGGCCCGGACCCUGAAGGAGCUUGGUGAGCAUGGAAAACCAGCGUUCUACAAGGGCAGAGUGGCCCAAGCCAUCGUAGAUAUCAUCAACCAAAGCGGAGGAGUCAUGACAUUCGAUGAUCUCAGCAGCCAUGACAGUGAGGUCGUCACCCCUAUAAGCACAGAAUACAAGGGUGUCCGUCUGUGGGAGCCUCCUCCUAACAGUCAGGGAUUGGCGGCCCUGCUGUUACUCAACAUCCUGGACAACUUCCCUCUCAAAGCUGCAGGCCAUAACAGCUCUGACUACAUCCAUGUACUGGUGGAGGCUGUGCGCUUGGCACAAACAGAUGCUGUGCGUUACCUGGGAGACCCUGACCAUGUGACCAUCCCUUUGGAAACCUUGCUGGACAAGCGAUACAGCCACCAGCGAGCACAGCGUAUAAGCAUGGGCAGGUGUGUGGUCAUGGAAGAAGUGGAGCCCGGCUUGAUGACAGGAAGUGACACAGUUUAUUUCUGUGUGAUCGACAGCCAGGGCAACGCUUGUUCAUUUGUCAACAGCACAUACAUGGGCUUCGGCAGUGGGCUGGUCCCUAAGGAUUGUGGAUUCUCACUACAGAACCGGGGUGCCAGCUUUUCUCUUCGUCGUAACCAUGUCAACUGUGUGGCUGGAGGAAAGCGGCCAUAUCACACUAUAAUACCUGCACUUCUCACUGACUCUGCAACCACAUUAGAAAAAACAGUCCUCCUUGCUGCGCUGGGGGUGAUGGGUGCUCUGAUGCAGCCGCAAGGACACGUCCAAGUGUUACUAAACAUGUUGGAGUUUGGGAUGAAUCCUCAACAGGCUCUAGACGCACCAAGAGUCUAUGUACAAUAUGACCACACAACUGAUCAGUGGUCUGUUAAUCUGGAGGAAGGCAUAGGGCAGGAGGUGGCUGAUGAGCUGAGAAGAAGGGGCCACAAAGUCAACUGGCCAAUCACAGGCCACAAAAGGUCUCAGUUUGGGAGAGGACAGAUCAUCACAGUGGGGGAUUGGUGGAACCCAUCUGUCAAUCAAACUGAUCCUCCAUCCAGGGUGCUGUGGGCAGGAUCCGACCCCAGAGCAGACGGAUGUGCAAUGGGAUACUAAACAGAAGUGGCCUUCUCUACCUUCUGUCUUUAUGUUAUAUUCAGAUACAUUGAUACAUUUUGCAGAUAAAUGAUAAAUAAUUAAUCAUUGGGUUUGUGAUUAACUACUUGAUUUCCCAUGUAAAACUUGCCAACCACUCAGGUUUAUGACAUUGUCAUAGCACAGCAUCAUAGCAUAACACAUUAAAGAUUCAUGCAUUAGCUUUUAAUCACAUCUUUAAUUCAUUUAUGAGUUAAUGCACGAUUACUACUUAUGCACUGAAAAAUAGAAAACAAAUCAUUGUGUACCGCAUCAGAGAUGUCUUUCCUUUUUGGUUUAGAUAAUGACAAAUAUAUAUUUAAACAUAAUAAUAACAACAAUAUCAUACCAUAUACCUAUCAUUUUACGUCACCAAGAAAUGACAGUUUCAUUGUUUUUCUCAUGAUGACAAAUCAUAUUGAGUACAAAACAUGUAAAAAAUGUGAUGUGAACCAAGUUGAUCAGUGUUAUAUCUCCAUGAAAGUUCCUUUUUCAUAUUUUUCCUACACUUAGAGUGAAGCAUAUUUACUGAUUUUAACAGUAUGUAUUUCAAAUGAUCUGUGAACUAUGCUGGAUCUAUUUAAACAAAUUAAAAAUAAAUGUAGUUUAUCUGACUUUUUUUUUUCAAUAACUAAA